GUCUCCACAAGCCGACGCCAUGAGAGCUUUAACAGGAGUCUUUGUAGAGCUUCGGAGAUUUAGAUGAUGAUAAAGCUUCGGAACAAUCACACGACGGGAAAAUACAGAUUCUUUCUCUCUAAUUCCCUCUCUUUCUCCUCCUCAAUCAAACAACGACGACCCGAUGAUACUACCACCAUCUCUCUCUUCCACACUCUCUUCCGUCUCUACUUGAGAUGCGGGAGGCUCCACGGAGCAGCAAGAACUCUCUCCGCAAUCUCCACCUUCGGUUUCCCUCCCGAUUCACGUCUCUGGAACAGUCUUCUCCACCAAUUCAAUCUCAACUCUCACCGCCACAAGGUAUCAUCAAUUUACAGCAAGAUGAUAACUUUCGGCGUCUCCUCUGAUGUCUUUUCCCUCAAUGCGUUGAUUCAUUCGUUCUGCAAAGUGGGUCGAUUGCAAUUCGCAGUUAGUUUACUUAGAAACAGAGUAGUCAACGUUGAUACCGUUACUUACAACACAGUGAUUCAAGCUUUAUGCCAACAUGGUUUGGUUGAGGAAGCUUAUGGUUUCCUCUCUGAGAUGGUGAAGAGAGGUAUAGUGCCAGAUACGGUUAGUUACAACACUCUGAUUAAUGGGUUUUGUAAAGUUGGAGACUUUGUUAGAGCUAAGUCUUUAAUUGAUGAGAUCGGAGAGCUAAGCCUCGUGACUCACACUAUACUCAUAACCUCUUAUUAUAGUCUACAUGCCAUCGAGGAAGCUUAUAAGGAUAUGGUGAUGAGUGGGUUUUAUCCGAAUGUUGUUACUUUUAGCUCGAUUAUUAAUAGGUUGUGUAAAGAUGGGAGAGUUGUGGAAGCGGGGUUGUUACUGAGGGAGAUGGAGGAGAUGGGUGUGUAUCCGAAUUCUGUAACUUAUACUACUCUUGUUGAUUCGUUGUUUAAAGUGGGGUGUUAUGGGGAGGCUUUGGCUCUUUAUAGUCAGAUGGUUGUGCGUGGGGUUCCUGUAGAUUUAGUUGUGUAUACUGUUUUGAUGGAUGGGUUGUUUAAGGCUGGGGAGUGUAGGGAGGGAGAGAAAACUUUUGAGAUGCUUUUGGGAGAUGGGCGGGAUCCGAAAGUGGUUACUUAUACGGCUUUGGUUGAUGGUUUGUGUAAAGCGGGGGAUUUAAGCGGUGCUGAGUCUGUGAUAACGCAGAUGGCGGAGAAAAGUGUCUUUCCGAAUGUUGUCACGUACUCUAGUAUGGUCAAUGGUUAUGUGAAGAGAGGGAUGCUGAAAGAAGCUGUUGCUGUUAUGAGGAAUAUGGAGGAGCAAAACAUUGUGCCCAACUGUUUUACUUAUGGUACAGUGAUUGAUGGCUUGUUUAAGGCAAGGGAACAAGAAGUGGCUAUUCAAAUGAGGAAGGAGAUGAAACUUAUUGGGUUGGAGGAAAACAACUACGUACUUGAUGCCCUGGUGAAUCAUUUGAAGAGAACAGGUGGCGUUAAGGAAGUUAAGGGAUUAGUCAAAGACAUGGUAUCAAAAGGAGUGACACUGGAUCGUAUUAACUACACCUCUUUAAUUGAUGUGUUCUUCAAAGGAGGAGACGAAGAAGCUGCUCUUGCUUGGGCUGAAGAAAUGCAAGAGAAAGGGAUGCCAUGGGAUGUUGUUUCUUACAAUGUCUUGAUCAACGGGCUGUUAAAAGUUGGCAAAGUCGGAGCAGACUGGGCGUACAAAGGAAUGAGAGAGAAGGGUUUAGAACCAGAUGUCGCUACAUUUAACAUAAUGAUGAAUUCACUACGAAAGCAAGGGAAUCUCGAAGGAAUCCUUAACCUUUGGGAUAAGAUGAAGAGUCAUGGAAUUAAACCGAGUCUGAUGAGUUGCAACAUUGUGGUUGAAACGCUAUGUGUACAGGGUAAGAUGGAGUUGGCAAUUGACAUAUUACAUCAAAUGAUGUUUAUGAAGAUCCAUCCUAACUUCAUGACAUACCGAAUUUUUCUCGAGACAUCUUCAAAGCAUAAAAGAGCUGAUGUGAUAUUCAAAAUGCACGAGAAACUCCUGAGUUGUGGAAUUAAGCUCAGUAAGCAAGUUUACAAUACUCUUAUUGCAACUCUGUGCAAACUAGGUAUGACGAAAAAGGCAGCUAUGGUUAUGGAGGAUAUGAAAGAAAGAGGUUUUGUUCCUGAUACUGUGACAUUCAAUGCCCUUAUGCAAGGGUACUUUGUUGGCAGUCAUAUAGGAAAAGCUCUUUCGACAUAUUAUGUUAUGUUGGAAGCAGGACUAUCCCCUAAUGUUGCAACCUAUAAUACUAUAAUAAGAGGUCUCUCUGAUGCUGGGCUAAUCAAAGAGGUGGAAAAAUGGCUGAGUGAGAUGAGGAGUAGAGGUAUGCGUCCUGACGAAUUUACAUACAAUGCUUUAAUCUCUGGUCAAGCUAAGAUGGGGAAUAAGAAAGAAAGUAUGACACUAUAUUGUGAGAUGAUUGAAAACGGGUUGGUACCGAGAACCAGCACUUAUAAUGUGCUUAUCAGUGAGUUUGUUAGAGUUGGGAAGAUGCCUCAGGCAAGAGAGCUAAUGAAGGAGAUGGGUAAGAGAAGAGUGAGCCCAAACACUUCCACUUAUUGUACUAUGAUAUCUGGUUUGUGUAAACUUUGCACUCAUCCAGAAGUUGAGUGGAACAGAAAAGCAAUGUACUUGGCAGAGGCAAAAGGGUUGUUAAAAGAGAUGAUUGAAGAAAAGGGGUAUAUUCCGUGUAAUCAAACUGUUUACUGGAUUAGCGCUGCUUUCUCUAAACCUGGAAUGAAGGUUGAUGCUGAAAGGUUCUUAAAGGAGUGUUACAAGAGAAAGAAUGCUCGUUCCUCAGAUUCCUGA